CAGAGGAGCGGAGGCGACGCGCCGUGACCGGCUGCACCGAUCUCUCUCGCAAAAAAAAUUAAAAAUACGGAUUUAAUGUGCGUGGAUUGUGUAUUUCACUGCUGAAUUUGAAGUGGGGGACGUUCGGCUUUCCGUGGAAUACUUUUGUUACAACUUGCGCGCUUGGGUUUCUGUUAGCCUACAUUUGAGUUUUCUGUCCGCGCCUGUCUGUGGAUAUGGACAGAAGAGAGCGCGCUGCAGAAGGCAAGCCGGUGGCAACAUUUGUCUGAUUUGGGGAAUCGGGGGGGUGGGAUACAUAGAGAAUUAAUGGAUGUUUGAUGAAGCCCUUUGCGCCUUAUUGUGCUUAUUUUCAGAGACUUGGAAUUAGAGACGAGGAACGAGGACCUUUGAGUUGUUUCUCUAACCAGACUCUCGGUUUUACUUUUAAAACGGUGCGUAAAACAUGGAAACGGUAACGCGACAGAGUUUCCAGCCUCACCCGGGACUGCAACAAACUCUCAAACAGUUCCACCUGAGUUCCAUGAGCUCUCUCGGAGGACCGGCCGCUUUUUCGGCCAGAUGGCAACACGAUCUGCUCUUCAAGAAGGACGGGAAAGACCUCCCGGAGUCCGUGCUGCACCCCCCGCCUAUGCAGCCUCCUCCGGCGAUGCCGGGGCCGCUCUUCAUCCCGUCCGACCGCUCCACCGAGAGGUGCGAGACGGUCCUGGAGGGCGAGACCAUCUCGUGCUUCGCGGUAGGUGGCGAGAAGCGCCUGUGCCUGCCGCAGAUCCUGAACACCGUGCUGCGGGACUUCUCGCUCCAGCAGAUCAACUCGGUGUGCGACGACCUGCACAUCUACUGCUCCCGGUGCACCGCCGACCAGCUAGAGAUCUUAAAAGUGAUGGGCAUCCUGCCGUUCUCCGCGCCGUCCUGCGGACUCAUCACCAAGACGGACGCGGAGCGCCUGUGCAACGCUCUCAUCUACGGGGGAACGUAUCCUCCACAGUGCAAGAAGCAGAUCUACAGCGGCUCCAUAGAGCUGGAACUCACCGAGAAGAGCUUCAAGAUUUACCACGAGUGCUUCGGGAAGUGUAAGGGGCUGUUCGUCCCAGAGCUCUACACGAGUCCCACCGCGCCCUGCAUCCAGUGCAUGGACUGCAGACUUAUGUACCCGACCCAUAAAUUCGUGGUGCACAGUCAUAAAUCGCUGGAGAACAGGACUUGCCAUUGGGGCUUUGACUCGGCCAACUGGAGGGCAUAUGUUCUUCUGAGUUCGGAUUACACGGGGAAAGAGGAGAAAGCGCGUCUGGAGCAGCUCCUGGAUGACAUUAAGGAGAAAUUUGAUUUCGCCAAUAAAUAUAAGCGGAAAGCAUCAAGGGUGAGCAGUUCUAUGUUCUUCUUCUUCUUUUAUGCAAGAAGUGUCAACUUUGGAAAAAGGCCAAGAUUUUCCAUAUUCUUUAGUGACACAAACUUAAGACUCAUCAGUAAGUUGUCGUUUGGCAGACUUACAAUAUACUUAUUAUAGGGACAGUCCCUAUGGAGCAACAUGGGGUUAAGUGCCCAAGGGCACAUUGUCGAUGUUCAUGAGUCAUUUCUGUGGGGGUUCGAACCAACAAUCUUUAAAUUGUCAGACUAGAUCUUUUAACCACUAAGCCACACCACCCAAAGUCUUUAGCAGUGUGAGAUUUGCACCUUUAGUAUUGCAUAUUCCAAGAAGAGUUGUCCUUUUCAGAAGAGUGCUUGAAAAAGGGCCAAGAAUGCCAGUGCUUUGGUGACCCAGUCUUCAUACUCGAGAGACUAUCACGAUAUUGGUUUCCCAGUCCGAAUGUUACAACCUAAUAUCCAGGCAUGAGAUGUGGAUUCUGUGGGUGAAUAUAGAUACAGAAUAGUCAUCAUGGUGGCCUAAAUUUGAUGCCAUAAAAAAUUUAACUUUAGCAGACCAACAUAAAAAUUACAGAGAGGACUUCAAGGUGGGUCUGGGGUUUCACAUAAAACAUUGAAUUGACCAACAUCCAGCCUUCCAUAGGUGUCAUGACCUCUGUCCCAUUGGCCUUUACUGUAGAUACAGUGCUGACAGUAUAAACAAACAAUCAUUCAGGGCCAUUAAAUGCCAAAGUGGUUGCAGUGUCUUUAAGGGCUUGGGCAGCAUUCAUGUCUAGUGCUUGUUAUCAUUUUGUUCCUCCAUCUGUCUCUCUCGAACCCAGCAUGACUUUAACAUGUCCCACGGCAAUGGUGACAUGUUAUGGUAAUUCUGAAAUGGGUCAUUUUGUUAUCAGGUACUUGACAGUGGAUGUGUUUGUACUGAUCGGGCCAUUGAGUGUUUAAUAACUGUUGAGUUGAACCACUAGAUAUUUGGUGGAGGGAAACAUGUUCUCCAAACUGCACUCCAAGAUAUCAUUGUGUUUGCUUAUAGUUUGCGGUUUAUUUAUGCAUCAUAAAGCUCAUUUAUGUAGAUCUUUCUCUUCAGCAGACAGGUUCCUGUUUAUGAGGUAGAGGAUUAGAGGAAAAGUUUUUUUUUGUAGUGUGCGGCCCUCUACAACACAUGCACACACACACACACACACACACACACACACACACACACACAGACACAGACACAGACACAUACACACAAACACUUCGUGAAUGGCAGGCCUGGUCAUUUGCAUGAACUGUUCCCCUUGAAUGGAGCUGAUGAUGCAGGGAUUGGAGUAUUGUGGUGGAAACGGAAUAUGAACCAACAAAGAGGUGCAUUCACUAACAUCUCCUCCCUCCCAUCUCUCUCUUUCUCUCUCUGAUCAGCCUUUCUCCACCCCCUCCCACCCGCACACACAUACUGUCGCUCCUUCACCCAGUUACUUUUCAUGUACAGAUCUAGAGAAUGUAAAACAAGGCCAUUUCAGAAACAGGGAGAGUGUGCUUACACACAUUGAUGUGUGUCAUAUGUGAACAGGCCACACAGUGAAUGGCAUUGCCUCGUUAACAUCGAGCUGUUUCCCUCAGACUCAAGUGAGACCAAAAUGUCCUGGAGCUCUCUGAGUUAUCACAUUAUCAGACCCCCCACUGCAGGCUUUUAUCCAUCUCAAGAGCUUUCCUGCCUCUCAGGACCCACAAGAGGUAACACUCGAAAAUAGUCUGGAUACAUAGAGAGGAAGUGGAAUAUAUCUGUAGAUCUAUCUAGAAAGGAAGAGAGGGAGAGGUUUGGUGUAUUUUUACAUAUGCCAACUGCCUGGUUACCCCUUUGCCAGGAAGAGUCGGAAUUUGAUACUGAUGACUUCAUAAUGGUUUCUCGCACAAAUGCAACCAAACAAUUUCAUUAUCCAGUCAGAUAUUUGUAUCAAAAGGCUCAGGCUUUCAUAUACACGCUUUCUGAAGUGAUGUAAACAUAACAAUUUGUAUAUUAUUUGAGUGUGUGGUGAAGCUCUGUCCCAAAACUUGUGAGCUGCCUUCCAAUGCAGCAUCCAUGGAACCUCAAAAUUGAAUGAUUUGGAACACUCUACAUAAGUAGCAACUUGGCAUGCCACAUAAAUAUUGUCAGGACACACAACUCACACGUUUGUCCAAUAGCGUUUAACAUUAGCAUGUUGUUAAGCUAACGGCACCAUACUGUAGUAAGUUUGAAAAUAUGCAGCACACAAAUAUUAAAAUAUAUAAAAUAUUUUUCUGUACUUUUCAGUAUUGAAUGAAAUGUAAGUAGCUGCUAUUUCUCUCAACUCAGAGCUUGUGUCUGUUUGUGCAAUUGUGACAGAGUGAUUUUGUUUUUUUUGUGUUGAGUUAUUUACAGAGCUUACUGAGACGUUCCUCGUCUAUGAAAAGUAGUCUGGCAGUCUCUCUCUCACUCUUUCUCACACUCUCUCUUGCUUUCUCUGGGUGUGGUGAAGGAACUGCCUCUUUCAUUGCUGCUUGCUCGUGGAAGGACACAGACUGUAGUUACUCAUAUCGACAUAUAUGCGUGUUUAUGUGUUUGUGAGUGUGUGUCUGUCUGGUGCUUUCAGUCUGUAGCCGGAAGACGCAACAAGACAGGAUGUUCUGUGCUUCUGUGUUCCCAACACACACAUAUUCAUGCUGCCGAAUUGUUAAUUAAGACUAAAAUGUUCCUAGCCAUUAUGUUCUGUCAAGUUGUCUUUGGUCCAAAUGUGCUGUCUUUUAACUUUCUACAGGGACUACUAGUGUUACACUUGUUUGUUGAGAUGAAUACGGUUAUUGCUACAAAUCUUCUUUCGAGGGUUCAAAUGAGUUUGUAUGACUGACCAUUUGGCAAACAAGGUUUGAGUUUAUUGAACUCUAGAAUACAGGUUCAAAUUGCAAGUCUAGGUGGAUUUCAUGAGCAAUCGUGAUUUUUUUUACACUAUAGCAACGUCUGAAUCUGAUUGUCAGGAAUGUUUAGAUGGAUUAAGCAUAAAAAUAGCUACUGUAUGUCUUGUCACUUAAAAAGCCAUUGUAAGCUUACAAUAGACUAAGUGUUGUAGGUGACUAAAAGGCUUUUAAAGAAAUUAAAAGAGGUGACUAAUAUGCUUUAAAGUAAAUCAGAUCAAAAGGAUGCUACUAAGUUAUUGAAUUUAUUGAAAUGUUGGAUUAUAUACUCUAUCAUUUUAUUGUCUUUUUUCUUCAUUUAACAAACUUGUCUUGAUGUCUUCUUGGGGCAAACGUGUAGAAUUAAACACAGUAAAAUUGUUUUACCCUUAUUUUGUGGUAAAUGUUUUUACAUUGAUACAUUUUUCUCAACAAAAUAUUUGGCAUUUCCAUGCACUUUUCAGGUCUCUAAGCAAAAGCAAGCCCAUAUCAUGACCACUUCCCACUUAGUCAUCCGUUUGAUGUUCCCCCUCCGAGUUUCCUGUUAAAUGUGGAGGCGUUUUAUCAGGGGUUAUUUAGAGAGUUUUGGCAGACGGCGGGUUCUUGCCGCCAGUGCAGGAAAACCGCAGCUCAGUGACGGGAAGGGAGAGUUGCGACAGCUGCAUUAAAGGACCGCCACUCCCAAAGCGCAGCAAGAACUGACUGAUUAGGCAAACAAGAGUAUGAAUGAGCAUGAAUGAAGCAUGCCCUCUUUCUCUCGCGUUGUUUGUGCGUCUACCUCCGAAGGACUUAGACAUGCACACAUCUGCAUGCCUGCUCGGUAUCAAAACUCUACCCCUGUCAACAUAUUGUCUCCUCCACAAUCAAGUGUUUUUUUUCCUUAAUUCCCUCCAGGUGCUAGUGGGUAGUGAACCUAUAAUCAUCCGGUCAUUAAGGCAUUGAAGUUAUUUUCUAGCUUAAUUGUUUGCUCUUUGGAAACAAAGCUACAUCAUUUCAUCUAAAACUCUCCCUUACAUUGACCAAUCGGGGGGCUCCGUUCAGCUCUCACUGGACAGAUGGCUGUCUGACAGAGACAGCAUGACAAUUGAACACAUACAUACACACAUACAGAGAGAGUGACAAAACACCUUGCAUGUACAAAUUCUUUGUUUCGUUCUCUGCAUACGGUUUGUCUGAAUUGUGUUUUUUUAUUUCGGAGAGAGCAUAGCAUCUUUCCAAUAUCUUUUGAGAUGAGAACAAGAGAGUUUUGGAAGAGGAAGCCAGUUCCCUGAGGGGAUAUUAGGUAUGUCCCAUCUUAUUCGCCAGGCAUAUCGCUCUUAAGCCCCCCACACACAUACACACCGGACAGCUCAACUCAGCUCAACUGCUGCUGGUCCCUGGGGCUGGUUGCAUAAAACUGGUUUAGACUAGUCUUACUAGUCAGUUGCCUAAAAUAAAAAAAAAAUUCUGUCAGUUGCAUAAAAACUGAGAUCAGUCUAAUUUAAGACCAAAAUGUAAGACAGCACAUCCCAAGGCUAACUUUUGUUUACAUUCCAUGUUGCCAUGGAAAAUAACUGUCAGCUGAGCCAGUGGGGCUUCAAUUGAGAGCUGACAGUGGCUUUCAUCGGCCUGGAUCGAAUCGGUAUCGGCACCGAUACUGAAGCUUUUAGACGGAUCAGGUAUUGGUCCAAAUCCAAUAUGGUGUGUUAGUCAUGUUCGUUACUGUCAUGCUCCAAAAACGACAUAAAAACACCAUUAAAGCAGUUCAUAUGACAGUUCAUAAGACAUUUUAUUCAAAGCCACUUGAAGACGUGAAUCACAAAAGCCUGUGUUUAAUAAGUAAAUAUAUAGUAUGCGCAGUGCGUUAGUGAAUGGUGCUGCUCUGUUGACACAAACUCAUGCACAGGCCAGUGAUGCAUUCGUGGCUAUAUUAGCCUUCACAGCGGUGCGCAAUAUUUGAGCGCUACUCCAGAACAGCAUCUCAGAUGUAGAUGCUCACUAGAUCGGUUCACUUAUAAUAUGCAUUUAGAACGGCACCGGAGGUGCAUUUUACCAGAAUUUGAAUAAGAAGCAAAUUAAACUACUGUGAACUUACCUACAAACAGACAC